GGGCGCCCCGGCGAGGUGCGGAGCGGCCGGCUGUGCAGUCAACGCAAAAAUGGACCACAACACUUGCAAACUGUGCUCAGAAAAGGAUUUUAAAGGACUUUUAAAUUAUAAAAAUGUUAAUAACCCAGGGACCUUGAGGAUGGAUUCUUUGGAGGUUGGUGUAGAAGCAGCUUGCAGUAAGGAAUUAGAGACUGGCACUCUUGAAAAAAGCUAUAACUGGAAAAUUCCCAUUAAUCACAAUGACUUCAACGUUUUAAAAAAUAAUCAGAAUCUGCUGUUUGAAGUCCUCAACAAUAAAUUUGACUGUAUCUCUACCCUGGUUCCUCCAGCCUGGGAAGGUAACAAUAAGUCUCUACAAGUCUUCAAGACAAUGCUGACUCCUAGGCUAGAGUUGUCUGUCUGGAAGGAUGACCUCACCAGACAUGCUGUUGAUGUGGUGGUGAAUGCAGCCAAUGAAGAACUUUUACAUGGAGGAGGCCUGGCCCACGCCCUUGUGAAUGCUGGUGGCUUUGAAAUCCAAGAGGAGAGCAGAGCAUACAUUUCCAAAUUUGGUAAAAUACCACCUGGUGAGAUAGCUGUCACAAAAGCAGGGAAGCUUCCCUGCCAAUUUAUUGUCCAUGCUGUUGGGCCUCAGUGGAAAGAGAGUGAUGGAGAGAGAUGUAAAUUUUUACUUCACAAAGCUAUUAACAACAUUCUGGAGUGGGUCACAAGAAAGGGGGACAUUAAGACAAUAGCAAUUCCAGCCGUGAGCUCUGGGAUUUUCCGGUUCCCUCUACAUUUGUGUGCUGAGAUAAUUGUGGAAACUAUCAAGUUACAUUUCCAACAGAAGCACCUGAACAGUUGUUUGAAAGAAAUUCACCUGGUAAGCAAUGAGGAUCCUACUGUUGCUGCAUUUAAAAGUGCUUCAGAAAUUAUCAUAAGGAGGAAUGAACUGGAAUCCUGGAUGAAUCAAGAAGCAAUGCCUCCUUUUAACACGGUGGUUGUGAACAACGUGACUCUCCAGAUUGUCCAGGGCUACAUUGAACAGCAGGCGACAGAUGUAAUUGUUAAUUCUGCAAAUGCAGUUGGUGAUCUUAAAAGAGGACUUGUGUCUCAAGCCAUCCUACAACAAGCAGGAAAAGAAAUGGAAAGAGAAUUUAAGAAAAUGACUAACAGAGCUCCAAAUCCUCAGUUGUUACUGGUCACAGAAGGAUUUAAAUUAUCCUGUCGUUAUGUAUACCAUGUGUUGUGGGAUCCAUAUUCUAACCGAGUUGAGACGUUGGUGCAUGUAAUGAAGAUAUGUUUGUCAAAAUGCAUUGGUCAAAAUGUAACUUCAAUUUCCUUUCCUGCCCUUGGAACUGGAGAGAUUGGUAUAUCAAUGACUACAGCAGCAAAGAUCAUGUUUGACGAAGUCUUAGAAUUUGCCAGACAGUAUUUGGAAAAAAAAAAAUUAACUGUAAAAUUUGUGAUUUUCCCAGCAAAAGUGGACCUAUAUAAGAUUUUCAGUGCUGAAAUGGAAAAGAUUAAGUCCAGUCUUCCGAGAGUCAGCAAUCAAAGUGUCUUUUCAGUCCCUGAGAGAGAGAGAAGAGAAAAUGGACAUGAAGCUACAUCUCCUGCCAUCAGUCUAAUGGGACUCAACCCAGAAAAGAUGAGUGAGGCCGAACUGUGGAUCUUCAGGAUUCUCCACAAUCAGGGCCUCCACGUCAUUGAGAAUAAUCAUAUCCUCUACUUUGGGAAAGUGGAACAUGACAACCUUGCUCAGUUACAGAAUACCCCAGGAGUCUCUAUCACAGAGAAUAUCAGUCGGGGAAAGGCAAAGUUAGUGAUUGAAGGAGCCCCGGCUGACAUCAUUGAGGUGAUUAUGAAUAUUGAAUUUUGGCUGUGUCAAGUUCAAGAGGCAAUGGCAAGAAAAAAGGAGCAAGCCCUUUGGAGCUUGUCAGGACAGAUUGAUCAACAACCAAAGAAGCUGCAUGACAUGAAAGAAAUUACGUUUCUGAAAUGUCUGAAACUUGAAACUGAAGAAAUUCAGAAUCUAAAGACACAAUUUGAAAACUGUGGUUUUCAGGUUAUAAAGGUGGAGAAGAUAGACAAUGUGGCUCUCAGGGAUGCCUUCCAAAGAAAGAAGAUGAUAAUGAAAGAGAGAAUGUGCAGGGAACCUCUAAGCCACAGGUUGUUUCAGCUAGUCCCACACCAGUUCUGUAAAGCGGUAUCCAGAGUCGGCUUUCAAAGGAUGUACUCGGCGUCCUGUGAUUACAAAUUUGGAGCUGGCAUAUACUUUAGCAGGAAUCUCAAAAAUCUAUCAUACCAGGUAAAGGAAACAUCUGCCACAGAUAAGCAUAUCUAUGUGUUUGUGGCUGAAGUACUCAUAGGCUCCUUCUGCCAGGGUCAUCAGUCAAAUAUUGUUGCCCCACCAUUGCAUCCUGGAGCCAUCGAGAGUCAUGACAGUGUGGUUGAUAAUGUCUCCAAUCCUGAAACCAUUGUUAUUUUUAGUGGCAUGCAGGCUAUGCCCCUGUAUUUGUGGACUUGCUCCCAGGAUCAUGUUGUACUACAGGACACAAUGCUCUCUCCCCAGCAAUCCUGGAGGGGCUUAAGUGGCAGCUCUGUUGAUUAACCUUGACAUCAUUUUAACAGCUGGCAUCACCAUGCUUUUGAGGAGCUAACCAAAUUAAGACCACCAAUGACUCAAAGAAUGGUUUAUGUCAUACAGACUUAUUGAGUUAUUGAAGAAACCAACUGCAUACUAGCAUCUUAAUGUCUUUAUUUUUGUCUAUUUCUUGGGGCUGGGGUGGGUAGAUACCAACUAAAACACUCUCAUAGCCAUUUUUUCUUCAAAUUGUUCUUCCAUUUCCUUUACUAUAGGGGAUCAGAAAUAUUUCACAUGUAAUAAGAGAUUUUUGUAUUUGUAAUUCAAGCCUUUAAUUUUCUAAAAUGAUGAUAAUGUAACAUAUUGGGAUAGCAGAAUGAUUUUAGAUUUUCCAGAGAAUCUUGUAUGUAAGAUACCAAAAUAAAUCACCUUUAUCUACA